AUGGUUAACACGGAUGCAAUAAGAACCGCCAUUGGAAUAAUUGGAAAUAUAAUCUCAUUUUGUUUAUUCAUGUCUCCUGUGCCUACAUUUAUGAAAAUAUGGAAGGCAAAAUCAGUGCAAGAUUUCAAGCCAGAUCCAUAUGUUGUGACUAUACUCAAUUGUGCAAUGUGGUCAUUCUAUGGAAUGCCCUUUGUAAGUAAACAUAACACUCUUGUCGUCACAAUAAAUGGCUUUGGCUUCUUCCUAGAGAUCUUCUACACUUCAAUCUUCUUCGCAUUCUCAACAUGGAAUAAGCGUAAGAAGAUCCUCAUAGCACUUCUAGCUGAAGUCAUCUUCCUUGUGUUGGUGAUAUUUAUAGUCAUGUACGCUGUUCACACCCUCAAGCAAAGAACCUUGAUUGUUGGACUCAUAUGCAUAGUCUUCAACGUCCUUAUGUACUUUUCACCCUUAACUGUCAUGCGUCAAGUAAUUAAAACAAAGAGCGUCAAGUACAUGCCGUUCUUACUUUCACUCGCUAACUUCGCCAAUGGACUCGUCUGGAUGGUUUAUGCACUCCUUAAAUGGGAUCCAUUCGUUGUGAUUCCAAAUGGCUUGGGAGCACUUUCUGGAUUGGUGCAGCUCCUCCUCUAUGCCGCUUUCUAUCGAACAACAAACUGGGACGAAGAUACCUCAACCCCAGAUUGCUCAAACGUAUGAUUUCUGCAUGGAUUGAAAGG